AUAGAUUUGACCAGUCAAGCCCGCCAUUUUGGAAUUUUGAGUUGUGAGGUCGAUGCAAACAUGUCUUCGGAUAGCGAUAAUUCGGCCCCACUUUUACCAGAUAAUGAUUCCCCUGGAAGCUCGGUUUCGUCCUCAAUGCAAAGGGAGUACGAAGAACUUCUAAAAUACGCUGUAGUUACCCCACGACUUCAAUUAGCGAAAAGCAUUUACGAGCAAUCUCAACCGACAAAACCAGUUCAAAACAGAGAACUCUCGGUCAACUCAUCCAGUGAAACUAGUUCCAAAUCAGAAUCUACGUCGUCCUCAACCACAACAACAACAGAAUCAUCUCAAAGUACUUACGUUGAGGAAGUUUCCAAAGUCGCGAGAGAGGAUGUUGCUGGUCUUCCAACCACCCCAGCAGCGCCAAUACCGGUCGCAUUGAUGGGUGCUGGUAGUUUAGCCAGAAACUCGUUGCUUAGAGAAUCUUCCACCCCAGUCCAAGAUCAACAAGGAGGCUCCUCCAAUGAUUCAUCAGUGUCAGAGCGUUCUGAUACUUCUCCUGGUAGUGCCAUGCCGUCACCUUCUGUGGACACAGACCUGGUCAGAAUGGAAGCUCUUUUAGAUAGCUGGUGUCUAGAUCUCAAGAGAAAUAUUCUGGCUGAGUUUGCGCAGUGCAAGAUGGGGCUCUUUGAGAUGCAAAAACAUGUUCUUCUUCAAGAGAAAAGAAGACACAUGGCUGAUAAAAACAAACUGCUGAAUGAAAUGGAAAGCCAGAAGGAACUCCUUUACACAUACGAACAGACCAUUGGUCACAAGGACAGCAUUCUAACAAAUAUGACCAGUGCAUUACAGCGACAGCGUGAUAAGUUUGAAUUGCUCAGAAACUUCACUUCAUGGAAACUAAAGCAUAAUGAUGAAACCAGAGAAAGAUUUGCAAGCAAGCUAGCAGCCAAACACUACCAGCAUGUGUUGAAGGCCAAAUCAUGGGCCUUGUGGAGGAAUAUGAUUGAAUCAAAGUGGAAGCACAGGGUUGAAAUGGCUUGCCAGACAAAGUCACAGGAAGUCUGUGUGAAGCUCACUGAGGAUUAUGAGAAAAAGCUAGAGACAGCUAACCACGAGCUUGAGAAAGCAAGGCUAGAGAUUGCCAACCUCCAUGCAGAAAGAGAACUGUAUGAGGAAACCAUGAAGAAGGCAUUCAUGAGGGGAGUAUGUGCCCUGAACCUGGAGGCCAUGACCAUGUUCAGAGAGGGCGAGGAGGGUGGCGGCAGGGUGAACCAGGAGAAUCAACCCAUGCAGUCAGAAACUGAUGCUCUACCACGAUACCAUGCACCACAGCCAGUUACGGUCUCUAGUGGGCUACCUGUGUCCACUAGUUCCCAAACCUCCAGAGCUACCACCAGCAUUGGUCACCCUGUGCCCUACAAGCCUAACACUCAAACCAGUGGUCGUCGCAUCACAGUCAAGGCUACAGGUCGCCAGGAGCUCAAGGGACCAAAGCCAACGCCGGGUCUAAUUGGGCAUCAAGGGUCUGUUAGCUCAGUGCUCAUUCAGCGGCACACAGCAGAAAACAGUGAUGCUUCCAGCCUGCCGGGCAAACACCCCAGCGGGCAGCCCUCAUCCACAGCGCCCUCUGGUGUGCGCACGAGUAAGCGAGCGGUCCCUGUGAAAACAGUCCAUACAGCGCCACUCAAAGUCGUGCAUUGAGCCAGAUCAUUGGAAUAGUGAAUAAUAUAGAAUAGACUUUCCCUGCUAGUAGAGGCUUUUUUUUGUAUUUCGCUGGAAGAGGCCUCUGAUAGCAGGGAAGAAUUGCCUUAGAAUAGACUAAAAUUUACAUAACAAAAAAGCCAUGAUCUUGUAUUCGCAAUACACUCAUUUCUUUUGAACAUUUCAUAUUUGACAUCAGAGUUGAUGAGAUAGAAGCAUAGAAUAGUGAAUAUUUAAUAGCUUCAUUCACACCAUAGAAUAGGAGAAUAGGCUACAGGAUAAGAUAAGUUGAAUAAAAGGUUUUCGGGUUUCUGCACUUAUUGAUGAUAUGGGAACUGAUCACUACUGAAUUGAAACGGAAAUUGAGAGAUUUUUAAGUUUACAAUUUACACAAACACGAAAGGCAGGAUAACUCUGCAAAAACUACAUUUACUAAGUUACACAGUAAUGUACUCAUUAAGGAAACGUUGCGUGACCGAAACUAAAAGCGGCUGCACGGAGGCUCCUAAAAUGGGCACUGAAAUUCCAAAUUUCCUCUGGGGGGGGGGGGGGGGGGGGUUAUUUCCUAGAAUCACACAAGCAUGGAGCCGAUAACGACAGAACUAGAGAAAUUGAGCUUCUGAUACCCAGAGUACAAGGGAAGGUAAAAAGUGGCGUUGGAACUGUGCUUGCUGGAGGGUCCAGUGCAUGCAGCCGCACAUCCGUUACGCAUGGGUACGUUACACGAAACUCAUUUGCCUGUUCGCUAUUCACUAAAACUCGGCCAGUUUUAGUGGCUAAAAGAAACUGAAGCGGACCAUAUCUAUAUCAUGUAUAAUAAGCAAGAUGUAUGAAUAUAUAUAUUUUUUUCUAAGCAGUCUAAUUCAGGGCAAUUUUAUACACUAGAUUUGUAAUCUUAUCUGUACAUAAAGAUUUAUUAUAUAUAUAAUCAGUCUAGCCUUGACACAGGUUUUUAUUACCUUAUUAUGCCUAGUGCACACUAGUGGCAUAACGACAUGGCGUGCGCACUCUGUUUAGCCCGACAUAACGACAUUAAACAAAAAACAUGUUGUUUUUUUCUUUUUAUGUCGUUAUGUCCGUGAUGUUAUGUCGGGUUUAUGUCAAAAUGUCGAACCAUUCACACUUCAGCAUACGAAGAUUAAAGUGCGCACGCCCAUAUCGUUUUGUAACUAGUGUGCACCAGGCAUAACAAAAACAUGUGUCGGCUACAUUAAGUUUUAUAAAAAUCUAAAAAUACUGUUCUUAAUUGUGAAACUCAACCCCUUACGGUACUUUAUGUACAUUAGAGGACUAAAUGGACAGGGUGUAUCAAAAAAGCUUAUUAAACGGUUUUAACAUA